UCGAAUUCUCGCCACCGCAUUCCCCGCACCCCCCGCACACCCACCUUCUCCCUUCCGCAUCUCCCGCAGCGGCGGCGGCGGCGGGCCCAGCAGCGCGGCGGCGGCGCCGGGGUUUAUUUAUUCCCCCGCGGCGGGGCGAGGCGGGGCGGGCGAGUGCGGGGCGGAGGGCGUGGUUGGCGCCACGGGAUAGGCGGGGGCGCGAGAUCCGGGCCGGCGGCGCGAUCUGGGAGGGGCAUGAGAUUGGGGCCGGCGGCGCGGCGGUGAGGCGAGGGCGAGGCGCCCGGCGGCAUGACGACCAACACCAAGCGCGCGUACAAGCUCCAGGAGUUUGUGGCGCACGCCUCCAAUGUCAACUGCCUCAAGAUUGGGAGGAAGACAUCGCGAGUCCUUGUCACUGGAGGAGAGGAUCAUAAGGUUAAUCUUUGGGCUAUCGGGAAGCCCAAUUCGAUAUCGAGUUUACCAGGGCAUACAAGUGCUGUGGAGUCAGUUGCUUUUGAUUCCACAGAAGUAUUUGUGGCUGCAGGAGCAGCCAGUGGCACAGUAAAAUUAUGGGAUCUAGAGGAGGCGAAGAUUGUCCGCACGCUUACUGGACAUAGAUCAAACUGUAUGUCAGUUGAUUUCCAUCCUUUUGGGGAAUUCUUUGCCUCUGGGUCUUUGGACACUAAUCUGAAGAUAUGGGAUAUAAGAAGGAAGGGCUGUAUCCACACAUACAAAGGCCACACCAGAGGGGUGAAUGCUAUUAGAUUCACACCUGAUGGCCGUUGGGUUGUGUCUGGCGGUGAAGAUAGUGCAGUGAAGAUCUGGGAUUUGACAGCUGGAAAGUUACUGCAUGAGUUCAAAUCUCAUGAGGGUCAAAUUCAGUGCAUUGAUUUCCAUCCCCAUGAGUUCCUUCUGGCAACAGGUUCAGCUGAUAAAACUGUCAAGUUCUGGGAUUUGGAGACCUUUGAGUUGAUUGGAUCUACUGGACCUGAGAUGACAGGUGUACGAUCCAUGACAUUCAAUCCCGACGGAAGAUCUCUGUUAUGUGGGCUGCACGAGAGCUUAAAGGUUUUCUCUUGGGAACCAAUAAGAUGCCAUGAUACUGUAGAUGUGGGAUGGUCUAGACUAUCGGAUCUGAAUGUCCAUGAGGGAAAACUUCUUGGUUGUUCUUCUAAUCAGAGUUGUGUUGGAAUAUGGGUUGUUGAUCUAACGCGCCUUGAGCCACAUGCAACUAGUACUUCAGCAUUACUUAAUGGCCGUUCUGAAUUGAAGACUUCAUCAGGUGGCACUAUGCCAUUACAAAACGACAGUGGUUCAAGGGCUAACAUAGGGCGAUCAUCAGCUCUACAAAAUUCAGAGAAUAACUUAAAAGCUUCUACAGGAAGGCUCUCAGUUUCUCAAAAUUCAGAUUCUGCACCCAAAGAGAUUAAGCCGACAGCUCCAAGUGGCUUGGUCCCAAGCACUCCUCAAAGGGUCGGAACUGGCUCCAGUACUAGAACAGCUGGAAAUUCAACUUAUGCAUCUGGUGGCACCACAUUAAAGAGAAGUUCACUGAAGAGUAACAGCACUUCUAAUCUUCAUAAUUUCAGUAAAACUGACGUGGUGCCUGCUGCUGUUAUCAUCCCAAGAACUAGCUCAGGAGCAGAGCUUGGUACUGGUUCAAGAAGUUAUGCUGCUGAUGUGGCCCCUGUUCUUUCAAAGGCAAGCAGAAGGGCAGAGCCGGCUACUGAUCCUAGGACAGAAAGUGCUGAUGUGGCACCUGCUGUUGUUCCCAGAACAAGUUCAAGAAUGGAAAUGGCCUCUGAUUCAGCACCUGAUGCUGUUUCUAGGGUAGGCAGAAGGUUGGAAUCUGCUGCUGAUUCUAGGAAAGAAAGUGCUGAUGCAGCACCGGUCGUUCCCAGGGCUACUUCAAGAAUGGAAAUGGCCUCUGAUUCUGUACCUGUUCUUCCGAAGGCAGGCAGAAGGUUCGAGUCUGCUACUGAUUCAAGAAAAGAAAGCACUGAUGAAGCACCUGUUGUUGUUCCUAGAGCAACUUCAAGAAUGGAAAUGGCCUCUGAUUCUAGGAGAGAACCUUCUGCAGGAAGAGUAUCACCAUUUAGGAUCCAAUCAAGGUAUGCUGAACCAAGGAAAUCAACCAAUGUGAAAGUUGAUAUGGACAAAGUUGAUGUGGGAAGCAAAGAUACUGAAAGUGACGACCUUACUUGUCAAAUAUUUCUUCCUCGGAGGAAUGGUGCUGUUCAAACAGUGAUUCCCGAAGAAACUCGUGAAGAUGUAAAACAUGGUUCAGUUUACAGGUCGGGAUUUUCAGGUUCAGCAGAAUCAAAUACGAGCCACCGGAAUGAUAAUUAUGUUCCUAGAAUGCGUAAGCCAAGAGAUAACUGCUACAUUGAAGUUUCAAGAGCAGGAAGAACAAGAUCAAUUGUUUCUAAUUGGGAAGGCAGGGAUCAGUCCCCAAGUCACGAAGAACCAACAACAAGCAAUUCAGCGUUGGGGGCUCCUAGAGGCCGAAUAUAUUCAUCUAGAGGAAGCAGUCAAGCAGCUGAAACUAAUAUCGUAACUAGCGAGGAAGAUGUUUUAUCUGUUCUAAUCGAAGAGCAUGAUCUAUUUUUGAGUUCAACACGGUCACGGCUGACAAAAUUGCAGAUUCUGCACCAAAUGUGGCAAAGAAAUGACAUCAGGGGUGUUUUCUCAGCGCUGGAGAAGAUGUCCGAUCAUGCUGUAUGUGCUGAUAUGGCAAGUGUUCUGAUGGAGAAAAGCGAAGCCAUCACACUAGAUUUAUGUACCACUAUCCUGCCUGUCCUUGCUGACCUUUUGGAGAGUAAAACUGACAGGCAUGUAGCUGUAUCACUGGAACUGGUAGUGAAGCUUGUCAGGACUUUUGGGCCUGUAAUACAUUCAACAGUGUCGGUUGGUCCAUCUUCUGUUGGUGUAGAUCUUGAAGCAGAGCAAAGGCGGGAGAGGUGCAACUUAUGCUUCAUAGAACUGGAGAAAGUUAAAAAUAAGCUUCCUUCCCUUAUGAGAAGAAAAGGGGCAGCUUCAAACACAGCGCAGGAGCUCAGUCUUGUCUUCCAGGAAAUUAUGUCGUAGACUGACCACACAUUCUCAAUACAAACACACAGUUGAAUGGGAGAUGCUUUCUUUCCCUCUGGUCGCACGAUGGAGCGCUGCUUGUUUUCGUGCGCUACCGUGAAGCCCUGAGGUCACGCCCUGUGGUAGUAACAUUUUGUUGCUACUGAUCCAUGCCCUUUGUACAACACUAACCCUUAUUGAUUUGGCAUCCUUGCCAUUUGAAAAGAGAAGCCGCCAGAGCAUCAUCUUUGAGCCAUAACGCGGGGCGGUGUCCCUUGCGUCAUGAUUGUUUCACCGGCCGGUUCGGAAGGUGUUCGUUUGGUCUCGACCUCGAAGUCAGAAGGCCUGCCUGUAAAUGCUGUAGCCUCUCUCGCUCUGCUUGUGUAUCAGCUUGCUUUUUGGUAUGGUAGUUUGUUGUUGGGCUUGUAUGAUGUCUGGUCGAUGCAGUGACAAGAUUGACGAGUGAGUGUGUGUGUGUGUGUGGAUCCGAUACAUGUACAAUUGUACACCAUUUUUUGUUGAAGAGUUUUGACACAUUUAACUUUUGAUUUGUCGCGCUGUC